GAGGGGUGGGGAAAGCAUUGUAAGGCCGUGCCGCUAAGCCUCCCUCCGCUAAUAAGAGCUGACCCCCCACCUUACUCCCUUGCACCAGACUGUCCAAGUUUCACCUGGGCACUGAAUGGACUUCAAACUUUGAGGGUAUCCAAGGAAGAAAAAAAACGGAUGACAUUUGUUCCGCCGAUGAGCUUUAUUGUUGUCAGACUGGAUGAAAAGUGACUGGAGCAUCUGCGAAACAUCUUCUUUUUCCUCACAUCAUCAAAGAGUCUCCUCCAUGAUCAGCGUUGACGUGUCCCGCUGAGCUUAUCCGGUCCCGUUUGCGAGCGCCUGCCAGCCGAGGCUUUGCACCUCAUAUAGAGAAACCGAAAGCAACGCGAGCUAGUGAAAAUGGCACCAGCCGUCGGCGGUCCAGUCGGCUACACCCCCCCGGAGGGCGGCUGGGGAUGGAUGGUGGUGAUUGGGGCCUUCAUCUCUAUUGGCUUCUCUUACGCCUUCCCCAAGUCCAUCACGGUCUUCUUCAAGGAAAUUGAAGCAAUCUUCGACGUGACCAGCAGCCAGGUCUCCUGGAUCUCCUCCAUCAUGUUAGCGGUCACGUACGGAGGAGGUCCUAUCAGCAGCGUCCUGGUGAAUAAAUAUGGAAGUCGUCGUGUUAUGAUGCUGGGAGGAUGUCUUUCCGGAUUGGGCCUUGUAGCUGCUUCUUUCUGCAAUUCCGUCCAAGCACUAUAUUUCUGCAUUGGUGUAGUGGGAGGAUUGGGAUUGUCCUUCAACCUAAACCCCGCCCUCACUAUGAUCGGGAAAUACUUCUACAAGAGGCGGCCCAUUGCCAACGGCAUCGCCAUGGCCGGUAGUCCAGUCUUCCUUUCCACGCUAGCGCCUCUCAAUACAUGGUUCUAUGACCGCUUUGGCUGGAGAGGAAGCUUCCUCAUCCUGGGUGGCCUGCUGUUAAACUGCUGCGUUGCCGGUUCCCUCAUGCGACCCAUCGGACCCAAGCCCAAACCUGUGGCCAAGACGACGGAGCGGAGGACCUGCUCCCAAAUCAUGAACAGCUUCCUCGACCUGUCUUUGUUCAAGCACCGUGGCUUCUUGCUUUACAUUUCAGGCAAUAUUGUCAUGUUCUUUGGCCUGUUCGCUCCCUUGGUGUUCCUGAGCAAUUUUGCCAAGAGCAAAGACAUCCCGAAAGAGAAAGCAGCUUUCCUGCUGUCUGUGCUGGCGUUUGUCGACAUGGUCGCCCGGCCCUCCAUGGGCCUCGUGGCCAACACCAAAUGGGUUCGGCCCAGGAUCCAGUACUUUUUUGCCGCCUCUGUGCUGUACAAUGGCGUGUGUCACGUCUUCGCCCCCAUGUCGGUCGACUACAAAGGCUUUGUGAUUUACUCCAUGUUCUUCGGCUUUGCUUUCGGUUGGCUCAGCUCCGUAUUGUUCGAGACCCUGAUGGACCUGGUGGGGGCACAACGUUUCUCCAGUGCCGUUGGCCUGGUCACUAUCAUCGAAUGUGGCCCCGUGUUGCUGGGGCCGCCUUUGCUAGGGAAGUUCAAGGACAUCUAUCACGACUACAAGUACACGUACCAGGGUUGCGGAAUCCUCCUCAUCGUCUCUAGUUUCUUCCUUUUCAUGGGCAUGGGUCUCAACUAUCGGCUGCUGAGGAAAGAGAGGAAAGAGGAGGAGCGCAUGGCCAGAGUGGGAGAUCAUAAAUCCUACAGGGACAAUGCAGCCAAGGUGGUAGAGGCCAGGAACACAGACAGUGCCUAAGUUGUUUCAUUUGAAGUCCAUUUGUUUCUUGCAAGCCAUAGAGAUAAAUCUGAAAACAUCUGCCUUAUUCAGGACAAAUCUCUGGUUAGCGUACACUUUAUUAUGACCACAAAAAACACUUAUAUUGUACUGUCACAUGCACUUAACUGGAAAAUAUUUCUACAUAUUGGUAUAUAUACUUUUUAUCAUUUUUACAACAGGGGCUGUUAUUGUGUCUGGGUGCAGUGACCACUUGAAUUCACUUUAUGAAUACGUUCAACACCUGUAACUCCCAGCAUUAUACUACACAGUAUGCUAUUUUCUUGUCUGAAAUUCAAUAAAUGAAUAAAUGUAGUGGAUACUUAUAUCACUACGUUUAGGACACGAUGUUGCUUUAACAUUGUUAUUCUUUAUGGAAAAUGUUUUGAAAUGAGCCCAUGGAGACCUUGCAUCUUGUACAGUGUUUUCUCAAGUCAUAUACAGUGUUGCAUUCACUACUCACAACUACAGGGGAGCUUUGCUCAUUGUUUAUUUUUGCUUCACACAAAUAAAUUGAAAAACACUA